GGGCUUACAGCCCCAAAGCAUCGGGAAUGAUGAACGUGCUCCGGUCCAUGUUCGGGGUAUGCAGCAGCUCGGCAGAGAAAGGGGAAGUCCACGACACCGUUCGCAGGAUCUUCGGCAACGAUAUGGUCAUGAAGGACAACACCGAUCGGCAUUAUCAGAGAAGUAAAUACAUAAGCCACAUACGUGAAAAUUUGCCCAAGAUAUUGGACACAAAGGUUGUCAACCACAAAUCAAAGACUGCAAAGAAACACGCACCUAUUGUUGUGGAAAAUACGACAGAAAAUGCAGAUGACCGGCCAGGACGCGUCGGACCAAAACUUGUUGUAUUCGAUGCCUCUACUGGCACUGGUCGCCUAGUACUGGUGGGUGAUGAGCGAGUGAGCGUCCAAGGCCUGUCAAGUUUCGCCACGAUUCGAGCUACAGCGUGCGUGUACGCAGGCAAGUGGAUGUACGAGGUGCAGCUCGGGACUAAAGGGAUUAUGCAGAUCGGCUGGUGCACAGCAUCAUGCAUCUUCUCAAUGGACACCGGAGUGGGCGACACGGCCCACUCAUACGCGUACGACGGCGGUAGAGUCAGGCGGUGGAAUGUGGCCACCUGCCCGUACGGACAGGCCUGGCUGCCCGGUGACGUCAUCGGAUCCUGCAUAGACUUGGACAAAGGCACUUUGGAGUACUACAGGAAUGGCGUAUCAUUAGGUGUGGCGUUCACCCAGGUGGCCCACGGCUCGGGACUGGCGUAUUUUCCAGCAGUAUCGCUGGCGAUGCAGGAACACCUGUAUGCCAAUUUUGGACACGUUCCUUUCGUGUUCCCAGUAGAAGGCUUCGCCCCACUUCAAGCGGCUCCAGUGAAGGACUGUACGAGAGCAGCCAUACUGUUCAAAUCGCUGGACGCUCUGCUAGACGAACUGGCCAGACCUGACAUGGUGUCUGACUUGAAGCCGACCGUGUCUGCUAAGGUUAGCAAGGCAAAGUCAGACUCGUCGAAGGCUGCUGAGGAGGAGGUGGCCCUCAGGAUCCACAGCUCCAACUCGGCCUACAGCCCACGAGGCUCCCCACAUUCUAUCGUGGAUUCCCAGAGCACUGAGAUGAAGAAGAUGUCUAGGAAGGCGUUCCUAAUGUCCAUAGCUAGAAUAGUAGUAAUGGAGCUGGGUAACGUCCUACGUCUCUCCUACGUGGUGGUGGGAGAACUGCUCCCUAGGUUUAGGGGCGCACUAGGACUCAAAUCUAGGAGCAUACAACUGGAUCAACACGCAGCCGAGUUCUACAUAAAAGUCAAGGAUGACAAUUUUAAAGGACUGGCGUCAAAAUUCCUGGCGCAACCUCAGCCUAGAAUAUGCACGCUGCUCGACCUGUUGUGGACAUUCUUGGAUGAAUCAGCUCUUUGUGACGUCUUCGAGCACUGCAUCGUGAGGGAGUGCCUGCUGUUUGAUUUGGUUUCGCCUGACAUGCACUUCACCCAGCAAACAGAAGGCGUGUAUGUACUUUGUGGACUGAUGCAGCACCGCGAGACAAGGCACCAUCUGGUGAAAUAUGUCUUUUUCAACAAAAUCACCUUCGACAACUUCUUGAACAUCAAAUGCCCCGACGAAAGCGUGCUUCGGACGGUGAUCCGCAAGCCGUGGUGGCAGCGGCCGACGCCCGUGCAAGGAGAAACCGACCCUAGGAUAGCAGAAAUGACAGAAAAGGGAACGAUACAAAACUCAGCAUUUGCACCUAUGGGAACUGAUAAAAUAUCCAAACUUCUGCCGACCUCUCAGAAGGACGCAGCCUACGAAGUUCAGUACAAAGAGGACUGCGAUAAAAUCACUGCUGCUAUCGCUCCGUUAGAGCAAAUACAGCUGGAGUUCCUCCUGAUUCUCCUGGAUAACACGGACGGUACGAACAUGGUGCCAUCCACCCGCAAGAUCUUCCUCGAGAAGUUUCGAAGAUACAUCAUGGAUAACUGCAUAUUGGACAUGAGGCUAUUUAACAUAUCCCGAAAUUCGCCCGCCAUAUCCUGGUGCUGUCACGCGCGGCUUCUCACAGCUGUUCUCAAACUGUGGGGAGACAACCCCAUAGGGAAUCCGCAUUUACCGCCACAUCUUCCAGCGAGGACGUUCAUAGACGGAGAAUUGGAUUUCUACAACGUCGACAGAUUGGGAGGCGUUCUGCCGUUCCUGGUUAGGACUUUACGACAGGAUCUAGUCAACGUGUUGGGAGAGGACAAUCCCUUCAUACAAAGCUUCGAGCCGAGCUACAACCGGGGCGGGGGUAUUGAUACAGGUGUAAGCGAUAUGACAGCUGGUUCUCCAGGCCUAGCGACCCUGCCUCAAGUCAUAUCCUCCAUGGCGAGGUUCAUGCAUCAGCCAAUGCCACCGGUUCCUAACAGAACAACCGGCGAAACAGCGCUGGCCCUCAAAGGCACGAGGUCGAUGAUGCCGGGAGCAGGAGCCAUCGACGUCCGGACGGCUCAUCUCAGGCUGGUCGAUGGACUACUGGCGCUGUACCAUGGUGCGGCGGUGAAGCAUGCUGAGAAGCUAUGUGAAUUGAGAGACAAUCAGCUGGAUAUGGCGGAUUGUCUUCACGAUAUAGAGCAGCGUAUUUAUACUGUCACUUCUGAAAUGGAGACUAAGAGAGGUUCUAGAGCUGAACUUACAGAACAAGAAAACUUGAGAAAACAACUGAUGGAGAAGAUUCUCAAGGAGUUAGAACGAUCUAAGUUGGUUUAUGAGGAGAAGCUAGAAGCAGGCUCGCUGCAUAUGGCUUGGGUGAUUGGAGCCAUCUGGACGAAGCAACGGCAGUCGGAGCUGGCCAAGCACUUCUCGGGCACGCUGCACUCUCUGAGGCUUGCUUCGGACCCUGACUAUGCCACUCAUACGCAGGUGGCCAGCAAAGAAAUAUUGCCCGGCAAAAGUUCUAUCCUUGGUGGAACGAGCUACGCGUCUCUCCAGCUGGAGUAUACCUCCAGCUCUGAUCAAAGUCCUCAGAGCCCGACAUCAAGAGCACCCACACCUCGCAUCGGAUCCAACUCACAAAUGGGAAACCCGAGCCAAGGAGGAACAGAAUUCGCGGACUCACUGUUCGCGUUUGUACCGGAGUACCACGUGGACGCGAUGCUGGAGCUGUGCAACACGUUGCGGCUGUACAUGCAUCCGACUGUACCAGUGCAGCAGACUCCAGAAUGGGAAGAGCUGGUAGUCUCGUGCGCAGCGUUCCUCUGCUCCGAGUUCGCGGACUCCCGCAUCGUUCUAGCCAGCACAAGAGAAUCUCUGGUCCAGACCCUGGCCUCCUUUGCCACGCAGCCCGCCACGAUGAGGGCUAUCGAGAGAGUGCCUGCCAAACAACAGAUGUGCAUGGUGGAAGAGCUAGUGCGUCCAUACCAGAACCGUGCGUGGGCUCAGUCCAACUGGGUGCUGGUGCGCUUUUGGCACGGCUCCGGGUUCGGCUUCCGGCAUCGGCAGUGGCCACAUUUGGCCGCCAAGUACGGCGACAGAGAGCCGACGGUAAACAACCUCGGGGCCAAGGUGGACGCCGGGCUCAUGAGUCAGUGCUUUGGCCCAUGUCCAUCAGAAGUGAUUCAGACCAGAGUGAAGGAAUAUUUAGCCACCCAUCCUAAAGAGGCUGCGUCCUUCCUCAAUUCGCUUCUGAGUCAGCUAAACUGGGCUUUCUCGGAGUUCAUCACGAUGAUGCAAGAGAUGGACAGAGUGAAUGUAGACGCGCACCUGGAGUCUCGGCAGAUCAAGCUGUGCGCGACGUGUUUCGACCUCUACCACGGGCUGGCGCGAGCGCUGGAGAUGACCCUGUGUCUGGUACCGGAGCUGCUGAGCAAGCCUGAGGCUUGUGACGCUCAGAACGAGCUGUUGCUGGGCAGGACUUGCCAGAUACUUAUGGCAGUAGUCUCCCGCGUCUGCGUGAGAGGAGGCGGCGGUGCCAGCUUCGCUCGCCUCAUAGCGAGAGGCCUCCCAGACACUGACCGAGUCCACUAUUACGUUGCGCUUGCGCCGGUCGCCGGCUGUCUCAUUGGAGUUCUUGAUCCUAGACUACCUUGUGACCAUAUCGAAAAGGUAACGAAAGCUCUCGUGACUGAGCCACUCUUCCGCAUCGACGGUCUCGAGUUCAUGCUGGGAAAAACAAGAGACCGGCAGUUCUCGUUCCAAAAAUACCCUGAAGACGUGACCCAAGACGAGCUCAGAGCCCUCGAGGGUGUAAUAGACCGUCUGCGGCUGACGAAAGAAGCGAUACUCAAGGCGCGCUCUCCCGGCUCUAGCGGGGCCCAGUCCGACCUGCUGUGCACUAUAUGCUACGCUCGAGUCGCUGAUACAGCGUUCGCGCCUUGCGGACAUCACUCUUGCAGAGCCUGCAUAAUGCAACACCUCCUGAACUCCAAGCAGUGCUUCUUCUGCAAGGCAGAGAUAGAGUCGGUUAGGGAUAUGGAGCCCGCCAACAAUUAGGUGGAUAGAUUUUGUAUCAUUUAUUAGCAAAACUAGACUGGAUUGGCUUUGAAGUGAUGAAGAUGAUGAAAGAUUAGAGAAGCUAUUUUGACAAUGUAGAACAUUUGUUUUAAAAGGUUCUAUUAAAUAUUUUAAAUCAUUGA